GGACGAAUUUAUAAACAGUAUAUAAAGGAAUUUUCAUGAAAAUGAUCGUAAGAAAGAUAAAUUUGUGAAGAAAAUGAAUAAUUUUCAAUAUAUUUUAUAAUUUGUUCUAUUUUUAAGCAUAUGACUGCGAAUCAGUGUUCAUUUAUUACAAAAAUGUGUUUAUAUUAAAAUAUGGCAAUACGAGAUAAAUUUUUUUUUAUUGUAUAAAAUUUUAACAUAUAUAUAAUUUCUGCGAUGAAUAUUGAUAAAACGAAAUAAAGUGAAUAUGAAUGAAGAAAUAAUGGACACUAUAGGUUACGAUACGGCUAUAGAUGAAAAGUAUAGAGUUUACGCGAGUAUAUCCUUUGCUGUACUAUUAUUGGGCAUCGGAGUUCCUCUUUGGUGGCAUACUACUGCAGUUCCGCGUGUACCGCUUCCUUAUAGUGGAAUUGAGCAACUUUCCAACUUAGAAAUCAACAUUAAAACAAAACUUAUCAUCCUAGCUCUUUCUCGAGAUCGUGCUGAAUUGUUGGUUCAUGAUAUAAAAGAAGCUUUCAAAAAUGCCAGUAUCUGUCAAAUAGAGAUCAUUUAUCGUGUAAUAUCCAAUACUUUCGCAUUUACGCAUCAUCAACUAGAGAAGAUAGCAUCUACUUUUGAUGUUGAUGUAGGACAACUUUUACUCUUUGAAACAACUAACUUGAAUAAUGCAGUUCUUGUCGGUUCGAAAAGAACUAUUUAUUUUUCUACCGAAACCACUUCUUCCACUUUGAUACAAAUAUUAUCGGAAUGGAUGUUGCACGAAAAGUCGUUGGCUUUAACAAGAAAUGCACUCACUGAACCGACCCUUUAUAGUUUAGAUGAGGAGAAUAGAAGAAGAUUUCCGGCUAGUUCGGCAUAUGAUAUAUUGAUCACUGUCGUUAAUCCUGAUCCAGAGAAAUUGAAGAUUGAUUGGAAUCUUCGCGAGAUGGUCGAAGAAUAUGUCGAACCCUUUCUUGAUGAGGUUUCAAUUUUGAGUAAUUUUUCGGUCAAAUCGCAGUGGUUGUAUUUGUUACCUUUGGAUGUGACUCCGAAACGUGUACCUGAUAGUAGUCCGUUAGGUAGACACUUUGCAUUAUCGGAAGAUGUUUUGCCACAACUAAUCACACCAUUGGAAAAGAAACUAGCCUCGCAAGUUAGUCUUCGAUCAACUAUCAAUUUCGUCAUCUAUGUUGUUCCUUGCGAUAAUGCUCCAUUAUAUAUUUAUACACGUUCUGGUCAUCGAUCAAAAAUUAACGCUAACGUUGAAGCAUUUCUUUCUCCAAGGUGGGGUGGUGUAAUAUUAAUCAAUCCACCCAUGGAAACUUGUAUGACUGUGAAAUCUGAUGAAUUAGUUACCAUUAUUCCUGAACAGACUAUCGUUGUUGGAACAUUUCUUACGCAAUUGAAACUUCUCUUAGGUAUUCCCGAGCCGAAAUUUUUGAAUGGUGUUACCAUUGUUCCUUUACCAGAAUUGAAACUACAUAAUUGGGAAGUUGAUGCAUUGCUACGUGUACGCACGAUUGAGCAAUUAACAUCAGCAAAAUUGACUUUGCAAUCACUUGCUAGACUUCUUCAAGAAAUUGGUAACAUUGUGAUCACAGAUAUUGUAGGAAAUAGAAUAAAAACAGCCUUGAGUUUAGUGGAAAAAUCAGCUCAACAAUUAACACAGGGUGAUCUAGCUACAGGUUUCUUAUUGAGCAAAGAAGCAUUCAUUACCGCAGAAGCAGCAUUUUCCGAUCCAACACUUUUUGCUUUGUUGUAUUUUCCUGCAGAUCAAAAAUAUGCUGUAUAUACACCUUUAUUUUUGCCAACUAUGGUACCAGUCUUGCUUUCCUUAAAAAGUAUUUAUCGUUAUUAUUUUGUUCGAAAAAAUAAUCCAUAGAAGAAAGAUUGCACAAGAUUAUAAUAAAUAAAAAUUGUAAAUUUUUCACA